UCUAUCCACAGCUCUCACCCCUGAGGCAUCCACCUUUGUCAGGGCUGUGGUAGCUAGACUGAGAGGUGGCCACUCUUCCCCUCCCCCAGCCCCAGGCCCUGCCACUUCCCUACCCUAGGAUCUGCCACACAGGCACGAAAUUUUCGCCAACCCCAGUCUUGCUUGAGGCUCUUGCUCCAGGGAGGGGAAGUCAGGGGAAAGGGAGGGAAGUCUUCGGUGGGCGGGGCCGGGGAAGGCUGGGCCUCUCCUGCUUUGCGAGAGCCCGACUGGCUGCCUGCGUGGCCGGAGAGAGCACAGGGGCGGGCGCUUUUAAAGGAAGUCUCCCUCCGGUCCGAACCCCGCGCGUGGUGUUUCCCUGCUUUUUCAGCUUUUCGCUGCGUCGGCCGUGCGGGCUCCCCCUCCACUGGCCCGUGCCCUUCUCAGUAAGAGUAGUAGUAGCAGCAGCAGCAGCAGCAGCAGCAGCAGCAGCAUAGCAGCAACAGCAGCAGCAGCAGCAGCUGCAGAAGAACCGGCGUUCCCCGGCCCGCCUGCUCCAGUACCAGGACCGAGUCGGACUGACAGCUGGAGAGUACAUCAUUUGGACCUCUCCUGGGAAAGGCAAGGCAAUCCAAAUUGGUGGAUGUAUUAAAGAGGGAUAUGAAAGACUCAUCUCCAGAAAUGUCAGACAAAGAAGAAGAUCAUGAUGUUGACUCAUCCUUUGAUCUUGCUAAAGGUGACAACCAGUAUCAUCAUUAUCAUAGAAUUCUUCUGGAGCCUCAGGAGAAAAACAGUACUGACUUUAAAGACUAUGUGGUCCAAAAGUUGAAGAAGACUUGCUGUUGUAGUCCAGCCAAAGCCAAAAACUGUUUUUUUGGUUUCAUGCCAGUUUUGCAGUGGCUCCCUAAGUAUGACCUGAAAAAAUAUCUCCUUGGAGAUAUAAUGUCUGGCUUGAUUGUAGGCAUCUUAUUGGUCCCACAGUCCAUUGCAUAUUCUCUUCUAGCAGGCCAGGAGCCAAUUUAUGGUUUAUAUACUUCUUUUUUUGCUGGAAUAAUUUAUUUCUUAUUUGGGACUUCCAGACACAUCUCAGUGGGUAUUUUUGGAGUGUUGUGCCUCAUGAUUGGUGAAGUAGUUGAUCGGGAGGUGCAUAAAGCUGGCUAUGGGAUGGAACAUAAAGCUCAUCCUGUCCUCUUCGAUCACAUAAAUGAAAGUAUCAUCAUUCCAGCUGUGAACCACACAUCAGGACAGAUCUGUGAUAAAAGCUGCUAUGCAAUUACUGUUGGCACAACAGUUACUUUCAUAGCCGGUGUUUAUCAGGUCGCCAUGGGCCUGUUUCAGGUGGGCUUUGUCUCUGUCUACCUCUCUGAUGCCUUGCUGAGUGGAUUUGUCACUGGUACCUCCUUUACUAUCCUUACUUCUCAGGCCAAAUAUCUUCUAGGACUAAACAUCCCCCGAAGUAGUGGUGUGGGCUCUCUCAUCACUACCUGGAUAUAUAUCUUCAAAAACAUUCAUAAGACCAAUCUUUGUGACCUUGUUACUAGCCUUUUGUGCCUUCUUGUCCUUGUGCCAACCAAAGAACUCAAUGAACACUUCAAAUCCAAACUUAAGGCACCAAUUCCCACUGAGCUGGUAGUAGUUGUGGCAGCUACACUGGCAUCUCACUUUGGAAAACUGAAUGAGAAGUAUGGCUCCAGUAUAGCUGGACAUAUUCCAACUGGGUUCCUGCCUCCCAAAGCACCUGAUUGGAACUUGAUUCCUAAUGUAGCAGUCGAUGCAAUAGCUAUUUCUAUCAUUGGUUUCGCUAUUACCGUGUCACUAUCAGAGAUGUUUGCCAAGAAACAUGGCUACAUAGUCAAGGCCAAUCAGGAAAUGUAUGCCAUUGGCUUUUGUAAUAUCAUCCCUUCUUUCUUUCACUGCUUUACAACCAGUGCAGCUCUUGCCAAGACCUUAGUCAAAGAGUCUACAGGCUGUCAAACUCAAGUUUCUAGUGUGGUGACAGCAAUGGUUCUUUUAUUGGUCCUCCUUGUAGUAGCACCUUUAUUCUACUCCCUCCAAAAAUGUGUCCUUGGAGUGAUAACCAUUGUAAAUCUUCGGGGAGCUCUUCGGAAAUUUGGUGAUCUGCCCAACAUGUGGAGGCUUAGCAAAAUGGAUACAGCUAUUUGGUUUAUUACUAUGCUCUCCUCUGCAUUGAUAAGUACUGAAAUUGGUCUGCUUAUUGGAGUCUGCUUUUCUAUGUUUUGUGUCAUCCUUCGAACUCAGAAGCCAGAAACUCCUAUACUUGGUCAUGUGGAAGAGACUGAAAUCUAUGAGUCUUUGUGUGCCUACAAGAACCUUCAGACUGAGCCAGGAAUUAAGAUUUUCCGUUUUGUAGCUCCCCUCUACUACAUCAACAAAGAAGGUUUUAAAUCUGCCUUGUACAAGAAGACUGUCAGUCCAAUCUUGGUGAAGGCAGCACGGAAGAAGGCAGCAAAGAGAAAGCUCAGAGAGAAAAUGGUGACUUUCAGUGGCUGCCAAGAUGAUGUUUCCAUGAACCUCUCUCAUGAACCCCCAGAGCUCCAUACCAUAGUAAUUGACUGCAGUGCCUUGCAAUUUUUGGAUACAGCAGGAAUCCAGACACUCAAAGAGGUUCGCAAAGAUUAUGCAGACAUUGGUAUCCAGGUUCUACUGGCUCAAUGCAAUCUCUCUGUGAGGAGCUCUUUGUACAGUGGAGAAUACUGCACAAAGGAAGAAGAAAACCUUCUCUUCUAUAGUGUACAUGAAGCAUUAUCCUUUGCUCUGGACUUGCAAAAACAGAAAGUAUUGAAUGCAUCCAAUGGUUUAAACACUUCUACUGACUGAUUACUGGGGUAAAGAGGGAUGCAGGGGGAAGGGAAAGAAAAUCAAUGCAACAGGUUUGUCUCUCCUAUGUACAGUUUGCUAUGGAGUGAAAUUCUCAUAUGUGAUAGGGGAGAGGCACACAGGUAGAUUAGAGUUUGUAAUUAGCCAGAAUUAGGGGAAAAUAUUAAUUACACCCAUUUCUGCAGAUGAGGGUAUAAAAAUAUUUGGGAUAUGCUUAAGAAGCUUUAUGGUUUAAAUGCAUUUGAACUUUUUCCCUUUUGGGAACAAGGAUUCUAGUCCAGGGGGUGCUUAAAAAAGGGGAGGCAGCACUGUAUGGUAUGAAGGGAACUGAUAGGCAUUAAGAAACCUGGGCUCCAGUUCUACCACUGCCAAACUAUGUGAGCCUCAGACAAGUUACAACCACUGCGAACCUCAAUUUACAACUCAUUUAUAAAGUGAGGGGGUUGGAGUAGUUGAUUUAUGAGGUCCCUUCUGCUCUAAAAUUUAUUGACCUUAUGGGUGAGUUUAUAGCAGAGCCACCAUCUUUGUGGUAAUGCAGCAGGAAGAACUUGGUGGGAGAGGGAGUAUGUAUAACACUUGCUCUUACUUAUAGCUAUACUUUUGCUUCCUACCAAAGAGAUGAGGCUUUGGGAUUAUCACUCUCACAAAGUCAGUUCUAUUUCUUGUGCCUUGCUUUUCUGUCUACCUCUCUAGAACCUCUAGCAUUUUGAGAAGGAAUCACUCUCUUUCAGGUGAGGAUUCCCUAGAAGUAGAUCUCUAUUAGGACUCUGGGAGCACAUGCUGUGAGGAAAAUGCUUCCUGUAAACCAAGUCAUUUUCUGAUAAGGCUAGCAUAUCACAGGGACUUAGGUUUAUACAAGGUAUUUUUGGAAAACUGCAUACCCAUAGAGCCUGGCUAAAUACUUAAUCCAGUGUAUAGUGUGAGUUGAUAUUCCCUUCUUUGUUUAGACUAAGUCUAUAGUACUGAGUCUUCAAAAUCAGCAAGGAUUUGAGGGGUCUACUUUUUCCCUCUUCUUUUUGCUGGCACACAUCAUUCAUGCUUAUUCCUGAGGACUUUACCACCACUGAACAUUUUUUUUUUAACCCUUACCUUCCAUCUUGGAGUCAAUUCUGUGUAUUGGCUCCAAGGCAGAAGGGUGGUAAGGGCUAGGCAAUGGGGGUCAAGUGACUUGCUCAGGGUCACACAGCUAGGAAGUGGCUGAGGCCGGAUUUGAACCUAGGACCUCCCAUCUCUAGGCCUGGUUCUCAAUCCACUGAGCUACCCAGCUACCCAGCUGCCCCCCACUGAACAUUUUUUUUGACAAUUUUUGGUCUACUCUACAUUCCUAGGAAUCUGUUCAGAUAAAAAUGAUGUGAGGAACAUAAAAUUUAGAGUUAGAGCUGGGUUUGUAUCUCAGAUGGAUUGCCUACUACUACUACUAUCCAUGUGGGCCAAGUUGCUGGAUCUCUCUGGGCCUAAAUGUAAUCUGUAAAAUAAAGGGAUUGGCCUAAAUGAUCUCUAAGAUCCCUUGUAGUACUAAAUCGUACAAUCUUCCUCUAGUUAUCUGGUAAUACAUCUUUUUUAAAAAUCCAGACAACAGGGUACAAUCCUAAGUGAAUCCAUUCCAACAAGUAUUUAAAUGGUUAUUACACAUAAAGUGGUGCUUGAUGCUUGUUGGAUUCUAUUGAAUUGCCAUCAUACUUGGAAGGAGUGGGCAGGGAAAAUACUUUAAUGUUUUGGUUAAUGGGCUUAAAUGAUCUUUGAAUGAUUAAGCAAGGUUGGUUUGCAGAAGGAAAGUUUUUUUUUUCCAAUGAAGUUUUGGGGAAGCAAUUAGAAAAUAUCACAAAUUACCUUGAUGGGAAGGAAAUAUGGUAUGAUUUCACUGUACAGGAAAAAAAAUGUUCCAUGGUGGCUAUCUCUAGUGCUUUUCUCAAUAUUACAGGUUAAAUUUUACGAAAAAAAGAAAAAAAGAAAAAAAAAGAAUGUCAGUGUUUUAGGUCCACUGACUUAGUUAACUGUACACUGAAUUUUUAAUAGUUAUCCUUUUAAAUGUCUUCAUUUAAACCCUGAAGGAUAAAAGUUUUCACAAAAAUAUUAACAUAAUAGAAAUGUUUAAAACUUCAGGGUAUGUUUUUCUUCUUGUAGCUUUUCUUUAUGAUUUUUCUUAGACUAUGGUGUGGGGGUAAAGGGUCUGCUGGACACCCUGAGCAUAGGGGAAUCCCAGGUCAAAGAGUAUGUGAAGAAUUUCCUGAUUUUGCACCCCUGCAGUGCUGGGUAUGGGGAGCCUGUCCUAUGCUGAUCUGUAGGGACAAACUGCAGGAAUCUCAGAGAAAUAAAUUUCUUUGGCAUUUCCCUAUGCCUUUUGAUAAGAGUUUUUAGCACACCUUCUGUUUGCAUCUCAAACAUACCAGUGCUUCUAUCCCUGACACCAAAGCAUCUCCCUUGGGAAUGUCAUCUAAUCCUCCUUUGCUCUCCUCCCCACCUUCUGUUCCUGGUCAUGUAGUCUCUGUUCCUUUAAAGCAUAAAAAUCUUUAACCCCUUCUCUUCAGGGAGGCAGACUUUACCGACAAACUGCCUCUUGGCCAAUCAACUCAAUAAAUACCUUUAUUUUUAAAUAUUCAUCAGAGCCUGGUAAUUCUUUAAAAGAGUACCUUCCUGAACCAGAACCAGACAUAUCAAGCUCUCCCACAACAACAAUCAUUUUUUCCAUAAGCAGUGUGCACUAUAAGUAACAAAACACUUGAACCCUUGUUUCGACAGUGGGGGAAAAUAAACAUUUUAAAUGGCAAAAGAAGAAAAGCAUAUUUUUACUAAAUUAUUCCUCUGAUGGGUGGGAAUGGAGUAGGAUCCUGAGGUGAGCCAUCUAGAAAGAACAUACUGUAACAAGUCUUCCUUAAUUGGGAAAAUGGCAACAAACUCAUAACUUUUAACUCAGCCCUUCAUGGGGCCCUAAAUUUUAAACUUUAAACACUUUUCUUAGUUUGGAUCUUACAUUUUUUAUAGAGCUAUAUGAAUUAAGUGGAAUCAACAGGACAAAGAUAAGCCAGUCAUUACCACAUUUUAGCCCUGAUUUCUUUGCUUCACUCAGUUCCAUACAUUUGAAUUUAUGUACCCUUCAAAGUAGAAAAGAAUAGUUAUUUAGCUCCUUUAUAAAUUUAGGAAAAGUUGACUAAAAUCAUUGGCCCAGAUCUGUGAUUUCAUUAACAUCAAGACUCCCAUUGUGUCAACAUUCUUAUUUAUGUAGACUUCCAAUUCAUAUUGUAAUUUAAUUUUAAUAGUUGCCUGGGGAACUGCCCCAUUUAUAAAUAAAGAUUUUAUUGAAGUUAACAGCUUCAAUAAAAUUUUAAAUUAAUUGAAAUGUGUUUAAAUGUCAUUGUUCAGGCUAAAGUAAACCCAUUAUUCGUUGUGAUACAAUUUUGGUUUGCAUUGUUAAUUGUUGCUAAUUUUUGCUGUAUUCUUCCAGAUUGUUAAAUUUAUGGUUUAGUUUUAUGUUGGACUGAAUAUUUAAUUGGUCACCAGGGAUUUAAUUUCUAAAUCCCAAAAAUGAAGUACUAAAGUCAAAUGGAAUUUAUGAUAGUUUAUUUUUACAAUAGAGGGAAGAUAUUAAGGAAGAGAGAAAAGUGGGGGGAAGGGAGAGAGAGAGAGAGAGAGAGAGACAGAGAGAGAGAGAGAGACAGAGAGAGAGAGAGACAGAGAGAGAGAGAGACAGAGAGAGAGAGAGAGAGAACGAACAAGAACAAGCAUGAGCACGAGCUCUGGCUUCCUCUGAGCCAGGUAGAAAUUCUAAGGCCCCAGCCAGAAUAUAAAGAACAUAAAUCCUUAACCCCAGGGUCCCUCAAAUCUAAGUUUAAAUAGUGACUUCCACCUAUCACCUGCUAAUUAGAAGUGGAACUAAGAGCAGAUAAUGGUUCUAAAGAACUCAGGUCAAUUUCUUUUUUUUUAAACCCUUAUCUUCUAUCUUAAAAUCAAUACUAAUAGAUAAGAUUGGUUCUAAGGCAAAAGAGCAGUUAGGACUAGGCCUGUGAUGGUGAACCUAUGACACCGGUGCCAAAGAUGGCACAUAGAGGGCACCCCCCUUCAUAACUAGAAAGAUAGAGGGCCUUGGGCAGAGUUGCUCCCCUCCCUCUCUCCACAGUGCCCGAGAGCAUUUUUUUCACACCCCCCUGCCCCUCUGCCCAGCAGCCAAUAAGAGCACACAGAGGUUUAGGUGGGCGGCUCAAAGACUGCAGAGCUGGAGGGGAGUAGAGCCCUCAGGCCACUCCCUUACCCCUCUCUAUACUAGCUGAGGACAUUCCUUACUUCCCUCACCCAUCUGCCCAGCAGCCCAAUGGGAGAGCUUCUUUCCUCUCCUAUGUGGGAUAAGGGGGGAGUGGGGUGCAUACAGCACUUGGUGGGGGGGGCAGGUAGGGCCUGGCACAGGGUCUCUAAAAGGUUUGCCAUCACUGGACUAGGCUACUGGGGCUGAGACUUUUCCACCAUCAUAAAUCUAGGAGGUAUCUGAAUUCACAUCUGAACCCAGAAUCUUCCUUCUUCUGGCCUGAUUCUCAAUCCACCUAGCCACCUAGUUACCCUGAGGCCAAUAUCUUCUUAAAGCAAACUCAGCAGAAUUUGACUCAUGUUUAUGUAUGCAUAGCAGCUUGUCUAGUCAGUCAAUCCACAGUUGAUUCCACAUUAACUUGGUGGCCUGCAGUGUACUAAAUCAUGGAAAUACAAAUAUCAGCCUAAAGGAGGGCAGUUCCUGCCCUCAAGGAACUGACAUUCAACACAUUUUCAGGAAGGUGCAAUGUAUGGAGAUUAAGGUACCCAACCUGAAAAAAUCCAGGAAAAUCCAAAGUGUAGCCCGGAGAGGAAAUACCACCAUCUCACUUAAUCCAUCUGUCCCUGUUAGCCAUUGUCCUCUUUAUCUCCUCUCUUUUGUGGCCAAACUCCUUGAGAAAGGUGCCUAUAACUGAUACUUCUACUUCUCUCACUCUUCUAAAUUAUAAACUACCUGGAUUCUACCAUUAUUAUUCAACUGAAACUUUUUUCAAAGUUAUUAAUGAUUUUUAAUUGUCAAAUCUAAUAGCUUUUGCUCAAUUCUCAUUUUUCUUGACCUUUGUCUUCUAUAUGCUCUUCUUUUCUGUUUGUGUGUGUGUGUGUGUGUUUGGUGACAGCUUUCUCCUGGUUCCCUUCCUAUCUGCUUGACCACUUCGUAGUCUCCUAUUAGAUCUUCAUUGAGGUUACUCUCUCCAAUCUUGGGUGUUCCCCCUAGGCUUUGUCCUGGACAUUUUUUCCUCUCUAUACUUUCUCUUCAGCUCCCAUGGUUUCAGUGAUCUCUAUGCAGAUAUUUCUUGAAUCUAAAUGUAAUCUCUCUCCUGAUCUCCAGACUCCCAUCCCCAGUUGCCUAUAUCUUAAACUCAACAUGUCCAAAAUCAAACUCAUUAUUUUUUAUGCAAAACCAUCCCCACAUGUUCAUCAAUUGGGGAAUGGCCAAAUAAACUAUGGUAUAUGAUGAUGGGUUACUAUUGUGCUAUAAGAAAUGAUGAGCAGGAUGAUUUCAGAAAAAGCUGGAAAAACCAACAUGAACUGAUGUAGAGUGAAAUAAGCAGAACUGGGAAAAUCAAUGUACACAGUAACAGCAAUAUUGUGAGAUGGUCAACUAUGAAAGACAGCUAUUCUCAGCAAUAUAAUGAUCAACAAUUCUGAAGGAUUUAUAACAAAGAAUGCUAUCAUUGGAAUGCAGAUCAAAGCAUACUAUUUUUCACUUUAGCUUAUAUGUGUUUUUAUUUAGAGGUUUUGAUUUUAUGAGUAUUCUCUUCCAACAAUGACCAAUAUGGAAGUAUAGUUUACAUAAUAAUACAUGUAUAACCCAGAUCCAAUUGCUUGCCAUCUCUAGGAGGGGGAAGAGAAAGGAGAGAGGGAGAUGAUUUUGAUCUUAUAAUUUUGGAAAAUAUGAUGAAAAAAAUAUUGCAUGUAAUUGAGGAAAUUUUUUUUAAAGAAUAGAAAAAAAACUAUCCCCCCUUCUAAACUUCUUCAUUAUUGUUGAGUAUUAUCAUCCUCUAGGUCACCUAGGCUCUAAAAAUGACUGCUACCUUUUGACUCCUUCCUCACUCUCAUCCCCUUUUACCCUCCCCCCACAUCCAAUAUGUUAUCAAAUUCUGAGACCUUGACAGCAUAGCUUUGUAUUCACCAGAUUUUGCCCUCUGACAUCAUCCUGAUGCAGGCUGUCAUUAUCUCUUGCCUGUUCUAUCACACGAGCCUUCUGGUUUCCCUGUUCCAAUUUUCUUUCCUCUUAAGUCUAUCUUCUUAUUCAACAGUCAAAUUGAUCUUAAAACACAAGUUCCAAUAAUGUCAAUUCUAUUCAAUAAACUGUAGGGGUUCCCUAUUACAAGAACAAAUAUAAAAUUAUUUUUUCAAGCCCAUCACAACCUAGCUCCUUCUGACCAUUUCAAUCUUUAUUUUUUGUAUGUGACAAUGGAUUUAAUUCAGCACCCAAAAUAGCAAAUAAAUAAAAGACCUUAUUCUCAGUCUGGCAGUUUUCAACCUGAUUUGUGUAAGGCUGUUUUUUAACUAGUUGUGGUAGAACAUAUUUUCAGCUAUGAUACAAGAGCUGUCAGUCUGCCCUUCUCAAAAAGCUUUCUAGUCACUGAUUCAUUAAAUAGCAGCAGAAAUGGCCAGAGGGUGGCUCUAAAGAGGUGAAUCUCAGAAGUUAAUUAAUACAUAGCAAAGCUCAGACCAGUAGAGUAAUAAUCUCAUUAUUACUGAUAUUUUUACUGAAUUUAUUUUUAAUUGAAAAUUUCUAUUUAAUUAAUUAAUUUAGAAUAUUUUUCCAUGGUUACAUGAUUCAUGUUCUUCCCCUCCCCUCCUCCCCCACUCCACCAUCCCCUUAUUUUUCUUUUGUUUCUACUCCCACAGUUCUCCUCUGAAUGUGAAUAUUGUUCUUUAUCAUAAGUCCCUCCAAAUUGUCCUGGAUCAUUGCAUUGCUGCUACUAGAGAAAUACAUUACACAAUACAAUAUUGUGCCACAGUGUAUCAGUCUCUGUGUACAAUGUUCUCCUAGUUCUGCUCCUUUUGCUAUGCAUCAAUUCCUGGAGAUUGUUCCAGUUCACAUGGAAUUCCUCUAGUUCAUUAUUUCUUUGAGCACAAUAGUAUUCCAUCACCAACAGAUACCACAAUUUGUUCAGCCAGUUGCCCAGUUGAAAGGCAUCCCCUAAUUUUCCAAUUUUUUGCUACCACAAAAAGAGCGGCUAUAAAUAUAUAUAAAUAUAUGUAUAUUUAAAACCCUUACCUUCUGUCUUGGAAUUAAUACUGUGUAUUGGCUCAAGGCAGAAGAAUGGUAAGGGCUAGGCAGUGGGGGGUCAAGUGACCUGCCCAAGGUCACACAGCUGGGAAGUGUCUGAGGCCAGAUUUGAAUCUAGGACCUCCUGUCUCUAAAUCCACUGAGCUACCCAGCUGCCCCCUAGAAAUAUUUUUGUUCAAGUCUUUCCCCCCAUUAUCUCUUUGGGUUGUAAACCCAGCAAUGGAGGGACUUUAAUUUUUUUGGUUACAAUACUUACUUUAUUUCCCUCCCUCCCCUCUACCCACUCUUCCUGCAGUCAAUGCGCAAUUGCAUUGGGUAUUACUUAUGUCCUUGAUCAGAACCUAUUUCCAUGUUGUUGUUUACACUAGAAUGUUCAUUUAGAGUCUACAUCCCCAGCCAUAUCCCCUUGACCCAUGUAUUCAAGCAGUUGUUUUUCUUCGGUGUUUUUACUCCCACAGUGUUUCCUCUGAAUGUGGAUAGUGGUUUUUCUCAUAGAUUCCUUCCAGUUGUUCAGGAUCACUGCAUUGCCACCAAUGGAGAAGUCCAUUACAUUUGAUUGUACCACAGUGUAUCAGUCUCUGUGUACAAUGUUUUCCUGGUUCUGCUCCUCUCACUCUGCAUCACUUCCUGGAGGUUGUUCCAGUCUCCAUGGAAUUCCUCUACUUUAUUAUUCCUUUAAGCACAAUAGUAUUCCAUCACCAACAUAUACCACAAUUUGUUCAGCCAUUCCCCAAUUGAAGGGCAUGCCCUCAUUUUCCAAUUUUUUGCUACCACAAAGAGUGCAGCUAUGAAUAUUCUUGUACAAGUCUUUUUCCUUAUUAUCUCUUUGGGGAUCCAGCUAUGGCUGGAUCAAAGGGCAGACAGUUUUUUUAAAGCCCUUUGGGCAUAGUUCCAGAUUGCCAUCCAUAAUGGUUGGAACAAUUCACAACUCCACCAGCAAUGCAUUAAUAUCCCAUUUUUGCCACAUCUCCUCCAACAUUUAUUACUUUCUUUUGCUGUCAUGUUAGCUAAUCUGCUUAUUACUCUAAUUUGUGUCAUCUUGAAAGUGUGAUAAGCAUGCCAUUUCUUUCUGGCUCUGUUCCUUAAUUUUGCAGACUUUUUAACCUCCUUAUUAAAAGGAUAUUAGAAAUUGGGUCUUGUUAUAUUAGUUUAGAGAUAAGAAGUGGAGAAGCUGGAUUGAGAAAGAGUUGGAGUUUCAAACAGAUGAGACAGAGUGUCAGUUUCAAGUCUAACAGUUUUUCUGUGUGUCAGUUGGUCUCUGGCAGUUGGCAGUCACACACAGAGACUCCUGCUCUGAGGGCUUUGAGGAGGUAAUAUCUUUGCCUCUCUCUCUCACUGUAUGAGGUAAAGACCUGAAGGAAUUAAGUGUUUUCUUUUUCCAACUUGGGAAACACUACUGACUUAUCUAUUACUGUCUUUAUAUUGUUUAACUCUGAGAAAACCAAAGAAAGACCUGGUCUUUGGUUUGGACUGAGUCUGCUAAGGCUCAAAAUCCUAACUUGAUUCUUUUUGAGAUUCAACCAGCUAGCCUUUGUUAUUUUUAUAACUUGGAGGCUAAUUAAAAAUUAUAAGGAUAAUAUUGUUAGUUUUAUUUAGAAUAGUAAAAAUCUGGGUCAGUCAGAUAAGGAAGGAUUAGAAUAGCCUGUGAAAAACAGGAGAAGUAGAUCCUUGUGGAACCAGGGAGUUCUAUUUGGGUGGAGUUAGAAUCCCUUGGAGUUAAAAAUCCUUUUAUCCUUAUAUAUUUCAACAAAUAUUUUAUUUUUUUAUAACCAGAGCCUCUUUAGCAUCCUUAUGCCUGGCUCUGAAGAGAAGUUCACUUAUAAGCUUCACUUCACUUAUAUAAGAUAUUUUGUGAGCACAACAAGCAGAGUAUCAAAAUCAGUUUAUAACCAAUAAUCAAAUCUAUUGCUUUAUUAGUUUUUGUAGACUUGCCUUUUAUUUUUACAAUAUGAUGGCCAUUUUACUUUACAUAUGUCUCUGCCUUGUCUGACCAUUCUUGUCUUGUACCUUUUUCACCAACAGUGGCUUACUUGCUGUUCCUUGCACAGGACACUCCAACUUCUGAUUCUUAAUUUUAACUGGCUGUCCUCCAUGUCUGGAGCACUUUGUCCUCACCUUCAUCUCCUGGUUUUCCUCAUUUCCUUCAAGUCUUAGCUAAAAUUUGACCCAUGGAGAGAAGUCUUUCCCAUCUCCUACUCAAUGCUACUGCUUUCUGUCUGAGGCUACCUUCCAUUUAAUUUCAGUAGCUCUCUGAUGUACAUUGUUGUUUGCAUGUUAUCUCCCUUCUUAGAAUGUGAGCUCCUUGAAGGGAGGAUCUGCUUUUUUGCAUUUCUUUGAUUCCUAGCGCUUACUUAGCACUGGGCUUGAUUUGAUUGGUUAUGAUAUUUCAAAGGAAGUCACUACUAUCAACUGGGAUAACACUAAUUCUGUUAAUACAGUUUCAUAUUGCCUUGUUUCAAGAAAGCAAUGUACAAUUUACUACUAAAAUUCCUAUUAUUUUUUUACACUUGAAUUACUCUUAAGUCUUCUCUCAUCCUUUCCUUGAAAAUAAAAACAACCCAAAGUCCAGGACUUCUUAUUUAUCUCUGUUAAAUUUCAGCUUGCCAGUCUAUUGUUUUAGCCUUUAAUCUAUUUGGAUCCCAAAUAUGUUAUCCAAACACAUAAUCAUCCCUCCUAGCUUUGUAACAUUUAUGGAUCUGAUAAACAUGCUUUCUAUCUUCAUCUAAAUGCAGAAACUUAAUUGGAUGUAAGAGGUGAGGUAUGGAUCUAAAACUCACUUUUGACCAUCCAUCAAGCCAGUUUUCCCUAUAGUUUUUAUUGAAUAACACUUCCAUUCCAAAUUAUUGGUAUUUUUCUCUUUUCUUUUAAAUAAACCCUUACCUUCUGUCUUAAUAUCAAUUCUAAGAUAAAAGAGCAACAAGGGCUGGGUAAUUGGGGCUAAGUGACUUGCCCAAGGUCACAUAGCUAGCAAGUGUUUGAAGCCACAUUUGAAUCCAGGUCCUCCUGAUUCCAGGACUAGAGAUCUAUCCAUUGUGCUACCUAGCCCUUAUUGGUGUUUUAAAAUAGGUUUCAUUAUGCAUUACAUAUUUCUAGGUUCUCUUCCAUUCUUUUGAUCUGGUGUGUGUUUGUGUGUAUAUGUACAUCUUUUUCUAGUGCCAGAUAGUUUUUGUAAUUAAAAAAAAACAAAACAAACUAAACCUAUAAUUUAAUUGCACAGGCAAUUCUGAAUGAGUAAAUUCCCCAACCAAAACAGGCCAUUAUCUCUAAAUUAAGUCUUAAAGAAAGUUACCUGGGGUAUUCAACAGUAAGUGACUUUCCUGAAAGUCACACAGUUAGUAUGAGUCAGAGAUGGAUCUUGAACCCUGAUCUUCCCAAGAUCCGCUCCCUAUCCACUGUGCCAAGAUACCUUUCAUAAUAUAUUUUAAAAUGUCAGUCCUUUUAUCAAUUUAUUUUGAAUAGUUCUUGAUAUUUCAUGUUAUAACAUCCAUUCAAUUUUAUGAAAUAAAUUCUGUUGAUCAAUCAACUAUCAAAAUAUUAACUAAUGGUAUUUUGAUUUGUUGUACUGAAUGUAUAAUUUGACUUGGGAAUUACUUAUUUCUUAAACUGUAUUUGCUCAGUUUGUUCAGUUCUUUGCUUCCAGUCAGAAUCAUUUGGAAGUUAUUCUGGUUUGUGCCUAAAUAUGAUAUAUUUUUGUCAUUAUAAUAAAUAUAUUUCUUUAUAGUUUCUCUUCCUUUUUUGUGGGUGGUAUGUAGAAAUGUAGGUUUUUCUUAAGUACUUUUUUGUUUUUUUUUUUUAAUUUAAAAUUUUCUAGGUUGCAAAUAGAGGUUUUAAUUUUUUUUACCAACAACUUAUAUUUCUUUUUUGUUUCAUGUCUUAUUACUAUGGUUAAUAUAAGGAAGUCAACAUUAUAAAUUUGCCCUCAAAUACUUCUUUCGAUGCAUUCCUUAAGUUUUUAAUAUGUACAUUAGUAUCUCAUUAUCUUUUAUAUGAUGUUACUGUUGUUAUACUUCUUUCUCCAACAAAUUAUUUAUUAAAUCUUUUUUAGUUUUUUUGUAGGCCUACACACAGUAAUUCAUGUCAUUAUUUGCUAACUCUAUUGCAGUAUGUCUUGUAAAUAUACGUACAAGAUCUCUGCUUUUAAAACUUCCUCAUCUAUAAAGUGGAGUUGAAUUAGAUGACCUAGAUUUUUUCAGACUCUGAAAUUAUGUAACAAUUAAUAUUUAUGUAUAUAUAUAUUCUUAGAAAAACAUAAAAUAUUAUUUGCUUUUACUGUUGAGCUCUUUCCAUAUACCAUUAGAUUUUGUUUGUGUAAGUUCAUAUCUUUUUUGUUGAAUUUAUCAUAUUUAGAAGGCCAAGUGUUAAACAUCUACCAUUUCUUUAAAAAAAUCAAUAAAACUUUUGAAAUUGA